GGGCGGGCGAGGCCCCUCCAUAGGAGCGGGGCCACGGAGCGGCGGGUGUGUCCUGUCGUUGCUCGCCCACCCACUCGCCCGCCCCUGUGCUGUGGGCUGGGAGCAGGGAGAGGAGGAGACGAGCUGGAGGAGGAGGAGGAAGUGGAGGCGGCUGCGAAUAGCGGGCAAAUGGGGAGCUGAGCGGCUGCAGCAGCACCGCGGCCGCGCAGCAGCAACAGCAGCAGCAGCAGCGGCGGACGGGCAUAGAGGCGAGCUCGGCGGCGGGCUGUUGCUUAAAGCCGCCGGGCUGCUCCGUGGGCUUAUACCCUUCCUGGCGGGGCGGCCGCCACCUCUCCGGGCCGUCAGUAUGCAGACCUUUCUGAAAGGGAAGCGGGUGGGCUACUGGCUGAGUGAGAAGAAGAUCAGGAAGCUGAAUUUCCAGGCCUUCGCCGAGCUGUGCCGGAAAAGAGGAGUAGAAGUAGUACAGCUUGACCUCACCAAACCCAUUGAAGAUCAGGGCCCUUUGGAUGUGAUCAUACAUAAACUGACAGAUGUCAUCCUUGAAGCUGACCAGAAUGACAGCCAGUCGCUGGAGUUGGUUCACAGGUUCCAGGAGUAUAUUGAUGCUCACCCAGAAACCAUUAUCCUGGACCCUCUUCCAGCUAUUCGUACACUUCUGGACCGAUCCAAGUCUUAUGAGCUAAUUCGGCAAAUAGAGGCAUACAUGCAAGAUGAAAGGAUCUGUUCACCACCCUUUAUGGAGCUGACAAGUGCCUGUGGAGAAGAUACCUUGCAGCUUAUAGAGAAGAAUGGACUGGCAUUCCCAUUCAUUUGUAAAACAAGAGUGGCCCAUGGAACCAACUCUCACGAGAUGGCGAUCAUCUUCAACCAGGAGGGCCUGAAAGCUGUUCGCCCCCCUUGUGUCAUUCAGAGCUUCAUCAAUCACAAUGCCGUGCUGUAUAAAGUCUUUGUGGUUGGAGAAUCUUACACAGUUGUGAAAAGGCCAUCUUUGAAGAACUUCUCUGCGGGAAUUUCAGACAGAGAAUCAAUAUUUUUCAACAGCCACAAUGUUUCAAAACCAGAAUCCUCAUCCGUCUUAACAGCACUGGAUAAAAUCGAAGGAGUAUUUGAGCGGCCAAAUGACGACGUCAUCCGGGAAAUCUCUAAGGCUCUGCGGCAAGCUCUGGGAGUUUCCCUUUUUGGCAUCGAUAUCAUCAUUAACAAUCAGACCGGGCAGCAUGCCGUCAUUGAUAUAAAUGCAUUCCCAGGUUACGAGGGUGUUUCCGAAUUUUUCACAGAUCUCCUGAACCACAUAGCUGCUGUCCUACAGGGCCAGGCACCUGAGGUGACCCAGCUAAACCGUAGCAAGCUCCUGGCAGAGCAGACCAGCGGGAUCAUGGACGAGCGGAUACACUGCACGAGCACAGGCUGUCUCAGCGUCAUGGGAAAAGACUCCUCCUGGAUUGUGGAAAGCGAGACCAACAGCUCUGUAAAACUGCAACACCAGAGACUAGGAUGCAACUCAGCAGUGUCCCCCAGCUUCCAGCAGCACUGCGUCACUACAUUGGCAACAAAAGCUUCUUCUCAAUAACUUGCCAAUGCCGUGGACUGAGAAAAGCCACAGAGGUAGAAAUUGUGGUCCCAGAACAAGAUCAGGCUGUAACAACACAAUUGCAAAAAAAAAAAAAA